GUCGAAAAAAUAAUAUUGCACGGUUCAAUCAUCCCCCUGUUUUCCAUCAAGGCGAACGCUGUGGCAGGAGAGUGGGAUUAAAACGUCCGACCCCCUCUGUUUCCCCUUCCUUCCCAGAUUAAAUUACUCCAAACUAGGCAGUUUUAACUUGUGGAAUAGCUCUGGCUUCCCUCCUGUGAUGGAGGCACCGCUGUCAGCUCCAACAGAAGCCCAGCAUGCGAGCUGGAGGACGAGCAAAUGGCCAUGGAAAUGAGCCGCCUUCUGGCAAACGUGAUGGCCUCUGCUGUGCAGCAGUGCCGGUAAUCCUGCCAGUGUGUGUAGGGAAGAAGCAGAGGCACCUUGACAAGCGACUUAAAGGCAGAGAAGGGGGUGGGGGGGGAACACGAGCACCAGCAAAAACAAAUGCCACCAUGUACAGCGUGGAGGACCUCCUCAUCUCACAUGGAUACAAACUGCCCAGACAUGCCGCCUCCUCCACCCCUACGCCAGUCCCCACAUCCUCAUCCCGUCCACCGCCUUCGUCGUCGCCGCCAUCCUACAACAAACAUCAUGAAAUCUUGGAGAACAGGUCGGGUCACAGAACAGUGAACGGAUACGAAAGGGGGCCUGCAGUGGCCAUGGGGAACAGCGGCGGGACAAGGCAGCCCCAGGUAUACGUCGCCGGCUGUCCCAGCAACAACAAUGAACCCAGGGAGGGGAGCCAGCCGAAACAGGAGGGCGAGAACCGGGGCCAAACUGAUACCCACUCCUUGGGAGAGUCACUGACCUCAGACAGCGGGUUUUGUGACAGCAAUAGAGGCCUACAGCCACAAUCCAAGGAUGUUUCAUACUGGAGGAGGAGAGGCCAGGACUUCAGUGUGCUGCUAGACUACGCUGACAUCAGGGGACCACAUGCAAAGGGACACGCAGGGCAUAUCAGGCCAGAGGGACCUCAGCAGGCCAGAGGUCAAGAGCUCUCUGUUGAGGACCGUCAGAGAGCAGCUCAGGAAAGGCAGCGUUGGGCGGCCCAGGCCCAGGCUCAAGCCCUGGCUCAGGCACAGGGCCGCUCUAAAGAAAGGGAAGCCGCUCUCCAGCAAUGGAGAAUGGCAACCGAGAGGAAAUGCCAGAGCCUGGGGACUGAGGAGUGGCAUCCAGCUGUGAGCUUCAGCCGACAGAUGUCUCAGAGCGAGGGGGAGCGCUGGGCACAGGAGCAGCAGCGGCUCCAUGCCAGAACACCAGAGGGCAUGGUAGUCCACCCGAGGACCAAAGCUAAGUCUCAAUCCCUUCCCAGGAUGUUGCAACCCGAGAGCCUGCAGUAUGUCGACAUAGCGCUGUCUGGCAAGGAAAUGUACAGGCGGGUCAACGGCCACCCUCUGUCUAACCAAGACUUUUAUCGAGUCCCACGGUGGCCAGAAAAUGGGAGGCCAGCUAGCGCCAACCAGCUCUCAAUCACACCAAAGGCCCGAUUCACCCGACCCCCCAGACCUCCUUCUUACGAGAUGCACCAGCAGAUCAGGGGAAGCUGUGAGGUGCUGUCCGGCAGAGAAUCAGUAACUCCCCAGGCAAGGGACCGAACUCCUAUUCCCACAUCAAGAACUAAAGAUCCACAGUUGGAUUAUUUUGCACAGGACUCUGGGCCCCCAGGAUAUAUCCCCCCUCCAUCAUAUAAAAGAGCUCCAUUAAUGGGAGGAGCCUUCCGAGGAUAUGGCGAUGUUCCUUUUGAAUACAGGUACAGAGGGGAUAUGUAUCCUCAGAUACAAGUGGCUCCUGAUGGAACUCAUUGGUUCAUCAGGCAUCCUGCUUGUUCCUGGCCCAAUCCCCAUAGAGAGAGAAGUACAUCCACCCAGAAGCAGCUAUACCCUGUAUAUUCAACCCAGGAGCGUUCAGGAGGGGGAGUUCAGUACAUCUCAUUUGAUGAUCCUCGCAUCCGUCACAUUUCGUCAGCUUUGGGUGGUAACUCCUUGACGGACGCUGACAAAAUCCGCCACAUUCGUAAUGAGCUUCCCAGUGUUACCGUGUCGGAGCCUGCCCCCGACGACAGUGCCUUCUUGCCCCCGCCACUGGGGCCUUUUAUUUCAGCCAAACUGGCAGAUGAAAACAACCAGACGUCUUCUAGCAACUUGGAAAAUGAAAAUAAAAGGUGGCGAAGUGAUUUGCACAAAGAAACUAUAAGUAACUUCCGAGCACCCGACCAAAACUGCAACAAUAGACAUCUUGAAACUCUACCAUCACCUUUAUCCCCUUCCUCAGCGUUUCAGCCCCCCUUAACAAGGACCUUUUCUCGUCAGGGGUCUAGUUCAGACCAGGUAUUUGCUGAAACCAUCACGCAAGUAAAGACUAUUUUACCAGAGUCAGGCCAAGAAAUCCACAGGAACACCAAGAGGAGAGUGAGUGAAACCAUCUUUUGCCUUGUGAGUGUCCCGGUUCACACACCAACAAACAUUAACAAAGGCUUAGCAGCUGAUCAGAACAACAAUGAGGCAAUGCCAAACCUGACCGUCACGAAAACAGACACUUUUGCUGUAGGUCUCAGAGAAAGCCCCAACAUCCGUAGCAAGUCUGUAAAUGAGAUACCUAUCAAAUCAUGCUACUCUCGCUAUCACACCACCAGCACAUCCUCAAUGAGGAAUUACAAGAGAGCACCUCUCAGAAAGGAAGUCAUAGAUGCUUGGGUACUUCAAGCAAAUGAAGACAAAGAGGCGGGCUAUGGUGGGUCUUGGCCUGGAAACCAAUACCGUAAUCAGGAAACUCAAACAGGCUCACCUGUGACAGAUUUUAAAAGUCAAGAAAACCAAAGCCCUACCAGGGGACAGGAGACUCUCCAGUCAGUCUCAGAUACCAUGGAUAUUGAUAAUGGGACUGAUAGUGCCUCCUCUUAUGGUUACCCAAUGACGGGUCAAAAAAACCUUCAUCCAUCCAGUAAUAGCGCCUUUUCACGUCUCAGCCUAAGCCCAUCAAAAACGCCAUCCCUUCAGCACACACAACCGGACAUAUCCUCCCCUACCAAGACACAAAAUAAGGGAGAACAUCAAUUAUCUUCUCCGAAGAAGACCAGUCCACAAGAAAGUGAAGAACAAUUGGUUUUUGGGCAGUUUCUCUUAAAACCUGUAAACCGACGACCCUGUGAUGCUAUUGGUGAAUUGGAGACAAUUAAUAAAGAGAUGGAAGACACAAUAAGCAAGAGACCAAAUGUGAGUAAAUUUAAAAAGGACUUUGGCAGUGUUGACGAAAAGCUAGCCUGGAUUAAAACAGGAGCAGAUUUCCCUGAUGGUCCAGAACCUGGUCGGGAAGCAAUUAGUCUUCCCCCAAUGCACAUAGAAAAGCCCAAACACAUAAAGCAGAGAUCAAAGUCCUUUGCCUCUGGUGCUGAUCUGGAAUCCAUGGAAAUUAGUAGAACUUUAUUAAAGCCACAGGGUAAAAACAUGCCAGUAACAGGUAAACAGUCCCCGCUUCUCAACCCAGACCACAGCAACAACUGUCAUUUGUCCUUUGUUCUCUCAAAUUAUGAGCCAAACCACCUCUAUAGGCAGGACAUCCCAGUGCCUCAAGAGUCAUUGUUGAGGGACGUUGGGCUAACUGUCUACACAGAAACACCUGGUGGUCCCGGAGAGCCUAUGCAGCGCUCACUCUCUGUCCCAUCCCCACUCAGUCAUAAAGGUCAUAGUAAAGCACUCAUAAAAACCAGUAGCAGUUUUGAGCACAAUUCAAAAGAAGAACUUGAUCAUAAGUCAAAAGGACACUCGAAAUCAGAUCUCUCUCUGUUGCAGGGUGAGGCUAAGGUUUAUGGAAAAGAGAGGGAACAUUGCAUAUCACCUAAAAAAGGCAGUUCACUACAUAUUACAAGACAGACAAUGGAGGUCUCGUAUGUGCUUGUAGAUGAUUAUGGGGAUGAGAGAUAUGCGCUCACUGAACCUCUUACCUACAAUAACGACUCAACAAUAGCAGAUAAGCACUUAGAGAGCCUACUUAUUCAGGAAAAGGCCAACACUUUGCCUGCAGAGGACCUCAGCAACCUAUUCGAAGUCAAAUGUGCUAAAGGUAUCCCGGAAAAUGAGUCAAUAGAGGAGAGGGCUGCACGGAUCUUGGGUAUUUCAGUUCCAGUAGAGGCAUUAUGUGUGGCAGACAAUGAUGAGCCUGACAUAGACACUAUUAUGACUGAGAACCAGCAAAGUCUAAAUGAAGAAACACAGUAUGUGAAAAGAGAGUUUGAGCAAGUCAAUGAGGAUUCCUUGACAGUCAAAGAUACAGAUUUGCAAGAGAUUGAAGAGGUAGGGUUAGGUGUGGCACAAGGGGAUGAGAACAGACUGAAGCACAGCAGGGAUCAUAGUGAUGGCCUCGAGAAUCAGGAUCCAGAAAUUCCAUCAGUUCUAGAGAUUCCAGAGUUCCCACCAAGUAAGCUUCGCCUGUCCCUUCCCGUCACCCCAGACGAGACGUUAUCACUCAGCAUAUGCAGUGGGGAGAACAAAGGCAGAGGCGGAACGGGCAAACUUAUCGAAUCUCUGCAGGAUAAGCUGAAUUGUUCUGCAGCUUCUUCUGCUGCAGCUUCAACUGGCUCCACUACAGACAGAAUGGCACGUUUCAAAGAGCUUGACUCGGUGUCUAGAAUAAGACGCCUUAGCCUGAAAAGUCCCGAUUCUGUAGAGGAACCUGAAACUAAAGAAAGAGAAGACCUGACUUUGGAGGUUUGUAAGAAGACUGAGAAUGUUGUUCAGCGAGGAUGUAAGGAGGAGGGGGAGCUGGAAGAGAACAGAAAUAGAACUCAGGAAGAGGAUAACCUGGACGAACAUGUCAACUUGGGAAAUCUUGAAGAACCUCAAGAAGUAACUGAUGAGAUGUCUAGGGAGGAGCUAAUACAGGAGGAGGAGGUACGGGUCUGUGAGGUGAGCGGUGAAACUGGACAAACAGCAAGCAGUAUGCCGAGUGAAGAGAAGCAUUUUAAACUCGGAGUUGAGGAGAGAAUAAUGGAAUUAAGAAUUGUGGAGGACAAUGAAAAGACCUUGAGGAAUGUGAAAGAGGAACAUAACCCAGCAUUGGUCUGUAGACCUGAGACCACUCAACAUGCAGAGGGAGGAAAGUUACCGAUACCAAAGCAGCGCACCAAGCUCCAGAAACCUCCUCUGCUCCCCAAACCCCGCAGCGUUCCCAAGAGAGAAAUAACUCUGCCUCUAAGCUUCAGUGCAGGGACCUGUGGCACCUCUGAUAUGGAGGAUGAAGAAAUGCUCUCUGGCUCAGACUCGUACGACCCCAGUCGAGUAGAGAGGGUGUGACCUCUGCCCACUGCCUUCACCACUGUGGAAAUCCUGUCUUUCUCCUGUUAACAGCUUUUUCCACCAACAAAGACCUCCAUUUCACCCCAUGGCUCAGUCAACUCAGCCCCUCCCAUUCCAACACCUCCCUGAACUGACCGUCCUGGUGCUGCAAGAGAAUUUUUUUUUACAGCUAAUAAAAAAGCUACACCGGGUGCUGGUUCUUUAGGUCAUCUCAGCCGUGUCACCCCGUUGUCUUCGCCUCCAGACUACUUAAUGUUCUCAAGCGAGCCGAUUCACCCUCGUCUCAGAAGUCAUCUUUCUGUUUGGAAGAAUGUGUGUCAUUAUUCCCGUCUGCACUUCUCGGGAGCUUCCGCGUCCAAACCUGAAUGUAAGAGUGCUUCUGUUUAUCAAGUGAGCAAAAGAAAUGUAACAGAAAAAAAAAAGAAAAAAACACAAGGUGACAGUAUUGCAUUACAAUCAGUAUUACCCUACACCAAAUGUAAAUAAAAGAGUUAUAUGAUUUUAUUAAGAUGAUAAAAAAAAACAUUCUAACACAAUAAAUUGAAAUGUAUAUUUUCUUAUGUAUGUUGAGAGAUUAGAUUUGUUUUUCAAAGUGUAAUCCUUAUGUGUAUGAGCAGUAAUGAAACUCCUAAACUUGUUUUUGUUCUUUUUUUUUAUUUUCCUCCUAUACCUGUUUGAUAGAGAAUGUACUAAAAAGAGUUCGGUUUUGCAAAGAGAAACACUGUGGUCCUUGAAAAGUUUCACUCCAGAGCAAUAUAGUUGUCAUAUAUACGGAGCGUCUGGGAAAUAAUUCCAGUAGUAAGUCGAUUUCAAGGAGUUAAUCUCAUUUCCUUUGAAGCUCUGCCUUUAGGUACAAGUGUUAGAUUUGCACUGCAGAGAGAUUAUAGGAUUGAUGUUAUUCCCAAACACCUGGUAAUCUCCUCACGUUCUCGGAGAUUACACUCCCCUUCGCCUGCUCUCAGCAUCAGCAGCCACACUGUGUGUUUAAAAAAAAAAAAAAAAAGUAUUUUGUUAAAACCGCAUACUGUUCCAAAACUCCUCCCAUACGUAUUGUGCUUCAUUACUG